AAAUAAAAGCGCUCCGCACAUCUGAGCUCUCCGCAGAGGUGGGUACGAGAGCAGGAGGGGCAGGACGCACAGGGAGAGAAACGGGGAACUUGGAGAUCUGAAGAGGCUGUGGUGAAUCUGAAUCGCUCAGCCAGUGAACAACCGCGUCUCCUCGAUCCUCCAUUGCUAGGAAAGGAAGGUUUAACUCUCGGUACACUUGUGUUUCAUCUCACCUGUGACAAUGACCAGUGGCCCGUUGGGCACGGCGUUGGCGGUGGCUUUGCUCGCCUGCACUGUACAGUGUAUGCCGAAAGCAACGGGGAAACAUAGGAGACAAGUUCUGGAACACUCGGUGUCAUCCGUAUCCCAAGAUGGCUGUGUUGAGAGUGGUAAGCUUUAUGGAGUUGGAGAGCAGUGGGAGCGCAGUUAUCUGGGCAGCACACUGCUAUGCACUUGUCAUGGAGUUUCUGGUAUAAAGUGUAAAUCAAAGCCUGAUGCUGAGGAAACCUGUUAUGAUAAAAUAAACGCUCGCUCCUAUCGGGUUGGAGAGACUUAUGAGAGGCCCAAGGACGGGAUGAUCUGGGACUGCACUUGCAUUGGCUCCAGCCGAGGGAAAAUCAGCUGCACUAUUGGGAACCGCUGUCAUGAGGGAGGGCACUCCUACAAGAUUGGAGACACAUGGAAGAGACCCCACGACACUGGAGACUACAUGCUAGAGUGCAUGUGUUUGGGAAAUGGAAAAGGAGAGUGGACCUGCAAACCUGUUUCGGAACGCUGUUAUGACGAUGCUGCUGGCACAUCCUACAUGGUCGGUGAGACCUGGGAGAAACCCUACCAAGGCUGGAUGAUCGUGGACUGCACCUGUUUAGGAGAAGGAAAUGGACGUAUUACAUGCACAUCCAGAAAUCGCUGUAAUGACCAGGACAAACGCACUUCUUACCGGAUCGGAGACACGUGGAGCAAGACGGAUUCUCUCGGACAUGUGCUACAGUGUUUGUGUACUGGAAAUGGACGUGGAGAGUGGAAAUGCGAGAGACAUGCAUCACUGCACACCACUGGUCUUGGUACUGGGUCUCGUGUGGUGACUAAUAUCCAGCCUGCAGUGUAUCAGCCACAGGCGGUGCCUGAACACCCCACGGAGGGAUCCUGUCUGACAGACGCAGGUGUUUCCUAUGCCCUGGGUAUGCGCUGGAUCAAGACCCAGGGCAGCAAACAAAUGUUGUGUACCUGCUUGGGCAACGGUGUCAGCUGUGAUGAAUCAGAGAGCCAGUCCCAGGUCUAUGGUGGGAGCUCAGGUGGCCUGCCAUGUGUGUUCCCUUUUGUGUUCAUGGGGAAAACGUUCUACUCCUGUACGUCUGAGGGGCGCAGUGAUGGGCAGCUCUGGUGCAGCACCUCAGCCGACUUUGAGAAAAACUACAAGUACUCCUUCUGUACCAGCAACAAUGUUAUGGUCACAACAAGAGGGGGAAACUCCAAUGGUGCGCUCUGUCACUUCCCGUUCCUUUACAAUGGCCGUAACUACACUGACUGCACCGCUGAAGGCCGGAGAGAUGGCAUGAAAUGGUGUGGCACAACUUAUAACUUUGACCGAGAGCAGCGGUUUGGCUUCUGUCCCAUGGCAGCCCAUGAAGAGGUGUGUACCAUUGGUGAGGGUGUGAUGUAUCGUGUGGGUGAUCAGUGGGACAGACGCCAUGAUGUUCUGGGUCACAUGAUGCGCUGUACAUGUAUGGGCAAUGGCCGUGGAGAAUGGAGCUGCAUGGCCUACUCGCAACUCAAAGACCAGUGCAUUGUGGAUAAUUUGACCUACGAAGUAAAUCAGACUUUUACUAAACGGCACAACGAAGGCUACAUGAUGAACUGCACCUGUUUCGGUGAAGGCCGUGGACGCUGGAAGUGUGACGCUAUCGAUCAGUGCCAGGAGCCAGAAACUAGAGUGUACUAUCAGAUUGGAGAGUCCUGGGACAAACUCAUUCAGGCAAUCCACUACAAAUGUUACUGCUAUGGAAAUGGCCUCGGAGAGAUGAGCUGCGAGCCUCAGCAGACUUUCCCUGGUGGUCAUCGUCCAGUGCAGGUGAUUAUAUCAGAGUCUGGCAACCAGCCCAACUCUCACCCCAUCCAAUGGAACGCGCCGGCUUCUGAACACAUCACACAGUACAUACUCAAAUGGAGACCGAAAAACACCCAUAUACGAUGGAUGGAGGUUACUAUUCCAGGCCAUCUGAACUCUUACACUAUUGCUGGACUAAAGCCAGGAGUCACCUACGAGGGUCAACUCAUCAGCAUCCUGCGUUUUGGACGUAGAGAAACCACUCGCUUUGAUUUCUCCACCGUGCAUGGCUCAUUGACACCCUCUGAGGGAGAGACCACCCCGCCUCCUCCGAUGGUGGACACCUCUGAGUCUGUGACAGAGAUCACUUCCAGCAGUUUUGUCAUCUCUUGGGUGUCUGCGUCCGACACGGUGUCUGGAUUCAGGGUGGAAUAUGAGCUGAGUGAGGAGGGAGGGCAGACCGGACAGCCCAUGAUCUUGGACCUUCCUCAUACGGCUACGUCUGUGAACAUCAGUGAACUUCUCCCAGGAAGGAAGUACACUGUAAAUGUUUAUGAAGUGACAGGAGGAGAACCUAACCUGAUCCUAACUACUUCCCAGACCACAGCUCCUGAUGCUCCUUCUGAUCAUGAAGUGGAGCAUGUGGGGGAGUCUUCCAUCAUCAUCAGCUGGUCUAAACCUGUGGCUACCAUCACGGGUUACCGUGUGGUUUACACGCCAUCUGAAGAGGGUAGCUCUGGUAGCACUGAGUUGAACCUGCCUAACACCGCCAACUCAGUGACCCUGGGUGACCUUCGCCCCGGUCUGCUCUAUAACAUCAGCAUCUACUCAGUGAAAGAGAAUGUGGAGAGCGAACCUAUUCUUGUUCAGGUCACAACUGCUGGGGAACCACUGGCAGAGGAAGUUCCGUCUCCAACCGAUCUGCAGUUCUUUGAAGUGUCUGACUCUAAAAUCAUAAUUACUUGGACCGGACCAUCCACAGUGGUGUCAGGGUACCGUGUGUCUGUGGGUGAGGUGGGUCCAGAUGGCUUGGUCGAGAGAGAACUGCUAUUCCCUGUGACACCGAAUGCCUACGCUGAGAUCACACACCUCCAGCCUGGAACCCUUUACCGCUUCUUCAUCUUUGCUCUCAAAUCAGGGGAAGAGAGUGAGCCGCUGGUUGGAGAGCAAGCUACAAAGCCCGACCCACCCACCGAUAUUGAUUUCACUAACGUUACUGAAGACAGUGCUGUAAUCAUCUGGUCAGCUCCUAGGGCUCAAGUCACAGGUUACAGACUUUUCCUGACUGUCCAGGGCUCAAACCCUAAACAGCUGCAUAUUCCUGGCCGUAUGUCACAGUACACACUCAUCAACUUGCAGCCUGACACCGAGUACACUGCCACUCUGCAUGCUGAAAAAGGAAAUGCCCUCAGUGAGGGGUCCAUCGCCUCCUUCACUACACUUCAGCCGAUGGGAAAUGCUCCUCACUUCAGCACUGAUGUCACAGACACCUCCAUCAUUGUCUCCUUGACCCCUGUGCCUAAAAUUGGAUACAAGUUGACCGUGAGGCCCAGUCAAGGUGGAGAAGCUCCAAGGGACACGAUUUCAGAGUCUGGUAGUGUCCACAUCUCAGGUCUAACUCCUGGAGUUGAGUACACCUACAGCGUCCAGCCGGUCAUCAACGGUCAUGAGCAUGGCAACCCCAUCAUUCGACGUGUUGUCACUCCUCUUUCUCCACCCACGGAUCUGAACCUGCAGUCCAACCUAAACACUGGAGAGCUGACGGUUCAAUGGAACGAUGCUAAAAUCCCAGACAUCACGGGUCACAGGGUGACCUGCACUCCCACCAAAGGGCAACAAGGGAACUCUAUAGAGGAGUUUGUGAAGGCAGGACAGAACUCAUGCACGUUAGAGAAUCUGAGUCUAGGAGUGGAGUACAAUGUCAGCGUGUUUACUGUGAAGGAUGACAUGGAGAGUGUUCCUGUCUCCACCACUUUGACUCCGGAGCCCGACCCACCCACCGAUAUUGAUUUCACUAACGUUACUGAAGACAGUGCUGUAAUCAUCUGGUCAGCUCCUAGGGCUCAAGUCACAGGUUACAGACUUUUCCUGACUGUCCAGGGCUCAAACCCUAAACAGCUGCGUAUUCCUGGCCGUAUGUCACAGUACACACUCAUCAACUUGCAGCCUGACACCGAGUACACUGCCACUCUGCAUGCUGAAAAAGGAAAUGCCCUCAGUGAGGGGUCAAUCGCCUCCUUCACCACACUUCAGCCGAUGGGAAAUGCUCCUCACUUCAGCACUGAUGUCACUGAAACCUCCAUCAUUGUCUCCUGGACCCCUGUGCCUAAAAUUGGAUACAAGUUGACCGUGAGGCCCAGUCAAGGUGGAGAAGCUCCAAGGGACACGAUCUCAGAGUCUGGUAGUGUCCACAUCUCAGGUCUAACUCCUGGAGUUGAGUACACCUACAGCGUCCAGCCGGUCAUCAACGGUCAUGAGCAUGGCAACCCCAUCACUCGACGUGUGGUCACUCUUCAGCCGAUGGGAAAUGCUCCUGACUUCAGCACUGAUGUCACAGACACCUCCAUCAUUGUCUCCUGGACCCCUGUGCCUAAAAUUGGAUACAAGUUGACCGUAAGGCCCAGUCAAGGUGGAGAAGCUCCAAGGGACACGAUCUCAGAGUCUGGUAGUGUCCACAUCUCAGGUCUAACUCCUGGAGUUGAGUACACCUACAGCGUCCAGCCGGUCAUCAACGGUCAUGAGCAUGGCAACCCCAUCACUCGACGCGUGGUCACGCAGCCCGACCCACCCACCGAUAUUGAUUUCACUAACGUUACUGAAGACAGUGCUGUAAUCAUCUGGUCAGCUCCUAGGGCUCAAGUCACAGGUUACAGACUUUUCCUGACUGUCCAGGGCUCAAACCCUAAACAGCUGCAUAUUCCUGGCCGUAUGUCACAGUACACACUCAUCAACUUGCAGCCUGACACCGAGUACACUGCCACUCUGCAUGCGGAAAAAGGCAAUGUGCUCAGUGAGGGGUCCAUCGCCUCCUUCACCACACUUCAGCCGAUGGGAAAUGCUCCUCACUUCAGCACUGAUGUCACAGACACCUCCAUCAUUGUCUCCUGGACCCCUGUGCCUAAAAUUGGAUACAAGUUGACCGUAAGGCCCAGUCAAGGUGGAGAAGCUCCAAGGGACACGAUCUCAGAGUCUGGUAGUGUCCACAUCUCAGGUCUAACUCCUGGAGUUGAGUACACCUACAGCGUCCAGCCGGUCAUCAACGGUCAUGAGCAUGGCAACCCCAUCACUCGACGCGUGGUCACGCUUCAGCCAAUGGGAAAUGCUCCUGACUUCAGCACUGAUGUCACAGACAACUCCAUCAUUGUCUCCUGGACCCCUGUGCCUAAAAUUGGAUACAAGGUACCGUUAAAUCAUGCCAGAGCCAUUUUGGCACAGCUAUAGACUAAUUCAGAAUGG